CGUAUCGGUCCAUUACCAAACCAGACGGUUGACCGAGUUUACGGCGCGCUCGGCCACUUAGCCUAUGAGCUUCCCUGCAAGGUACCACUAUUAAUAAAUCGCGAGCUUCUGUGCAUACGACACUCAUUUCAACCGCAAUGACGUCCAAGGAGUCUAUAAAUCCGCUCUCUCGGCAGCAUCGGGCGUUGCCAACUAUCGUUCGCUUCAGAUCGACUCUUGUACCACACAAUCUACCAUGAAGUCAUUCGGUCUCUUAGCUGCGGCUUCGGCUGCUGCGGCUGCUGUAAUGGAACUGCCGGUUCGCAUCCAGGAUAGCUAUUCCUCAGUAGCACUCUCCGUUGGCUCGCCCCCAAGAACCUACUUCCUCUUAUUCGACACUGGCUCCUCUACCACAUGGAUCACCUCCACCGGCUGCACCGAGACUUCUUGCCCCAAUCCACGUCCCUAUGCCCGGACUUCGUACUCCACCAACGCCUCUUCGACCUCUCAGGACUUGAACUCCUUCUCUCGUAUCCCGUACAUCGACGGUGACAGCGUUGCAGGCGCUGCAAUAAUCGACACCUUUGCUGACCAUGCUGGCGGCUUCGAAUGGAACCAGACCUUCUUGAGCGUGAAUGAGAGUAGUUGGCGCUGGAUCACGGCGGAUGGAUUUGUCGGCUUGGGAUUCAGCAGCAUCGCUGAAGACAACACAACUUCGCUUGUGGAAACACUGCUAUGGGAUGGGCAGCUCGACGAACCGCGUGUCGGUCUGUUCUAUGGCAACAACCUCGGAGAAGAAGGAGAGCAGAAUGGUGUCCUGACAAUCGGUGGCAGCGAGGAGGAGAAGUAUGUGGAAGGCGAUGUCGUGUACGCGCCGCUGUUGAAGGAGGGCCCGUACCAAGUCUGGCGCGCACCGCUGAGAUCCGUCAACGUCUUGGUGACGAGAGACCCGAAUGCAACCGUAACCAUGAAGGUGGGAUCUUUGCCCGACACCACGGACGUGGAGGGCGUCUGGCCAAAGGCGAACACCACAUGGCCUAUGUACGGCAGCGGCCGAGCAGUCUUCGACACAGGCGCAGGCAGAAUUUCCCUCCCAGAAGAAAUUAUCAGCGCCGUGUACUUCAACCUGGGCUGGAACAUGACCGCGCUCAUGUGGGGCGAUGAGAGGAUGGAUUGCCAACACCUCAACGCUUCAUGGGCAAUUACUUUCACUCUUGGCGAGGGCGCCGAGGAGGACGACGUCUCAUUCAGCAUCCGUGGUGACGAGUUCACCAGUCCGGGUGGCCAGUGCAUGCCCCCUCUCGACGCCAGUGGAGGGUAUGGGUUCGCGCUGAUUGGCACUACUUUCCUGAAGAGGCACUACUCUGUCUUCGAUUACGGCGCGGACAAGGUCGAGAACUACGCACCGAGAAUCGGAUUUGGCAGGCUAAAGAAGCAGUGGGACUGGCUGUACCAGUGAGGUACAAAGUUCAGCUUGACGAUUUAGUAGAUUUCACAGACAUUUAAUGAUGAUUUUGACGAGAUAUUGUCGUUAUAGAAAGAGGCCGUGAGACAUCGUUGGCUAGUACAACGAUUUCCUUGGUGCGGUCCAACACGCCUCUACCGGUACAGCUCUUCUCAACUCACUGUUUACAACACCCAAAACAACAGCCUUCUCGCGACACGAGCUUUCCACAAGAUCCCACAACCACAGGAUGAC